UGUCAAACGAUUUCACAGCUGAUUUUUGUUUUGUUUAAAAUAUUGCUCUUAGGAAAAUAAUAAACAAAAUAUUGCAGGUUAAAAUAUACUAUUUUAAAGAAAAACAUGUCUUCAGAAAAUUGCCAAAUCUGCAAUACGACUCCCUUUAAAUAUACGUGUCCCCGAUGUAAUAUCGUAUACUGUUCUCUAUCUUGUUACAAAUCACAGAAACAUAUAAAAUGCUCCGAAGACUUUUACAAACAAUGCGUUCAAGAUGAAUUAAGUUCGGCAGCAUCUGGUGCUGCUAAUACUAAAGAAGAAAUGCGUAAAAUUUAUGGUAUAUUAAAACGUAUACGUGAAUCGGAUGCUGGCAUAGAUACAGACAAUUUUGACAUGGAUGGAUUAGAUUCUGAUGACGAAGAAAAUUCACCAGAACAUGGUUAUGAGGAAGAAGAUGAGCAGGGUGAGAACUUUGAAGAAGUAGAUGAAGAUGAUAACGAUGACGAAGAUAUAGCCGAGAGGUUAAAGAACAUUGACAUCAAUGAUGCCGAUGAAGUGUGGCAAAGAUUAACUUCAGCUGAAAAGGAAGAAUUUAAAAAGUUAGUUUCUUCUGGUGAUAUAAUGAAAUUAAUGCCCGACUUUAAGCCAUGGUGGUUGACAAAGACAAAUUCCAAAAUUGUUGAAUUAAAAGCUAAUGAUCAACAAGAGAGAAAUGAUGUUCCAAAUGUAGUUGAAAAUAUACCAAAGUAUUCUAAUAUUUGUAGUAAAGAACCUGCACCUUCUUUACAUUAUAAUCUUUGGAAUAUUUUAGCAGCCUACUCCUGUACAGUGCGUUUUUUCAAUGGAGAACAUUUCACAAAUCCUAAUGAAGCUACUGCGUAUCUUGUAAAUCUAAGUUCAACUCUUAAAUAUGGUACAAAUUUUGAAGAAGUUGAUGAUGCUGUUAUUUCCGUAGAGAUGGAGGCUCUUACAACAGGGAAUGGUGCUACGCAACUUAUGCCAACGACUGGUAUACCAAAGUCGUUACUCGUGGAAGAUCGCACUCAAUUAAAGGCGGAUUCUCGCCAGUUGAUGUCAACGCUAGGCAAUAAAUUGUCAGCAUUAAGUGAUAUUUUAAAAUUAUUACACCUUACAAAAAAUAUCCUCAAGGCACCAAAAAAAGGUGAAGCUGAAUUUCAAAAACUUUUUGCUUUAAGCAGUGGCAUGGAAGAAUUGACACGUUCAAAGGUUCAACUAUUAAUAAAGAAAUUAGAAUUUUAUAUGUCCUACGUUAACAGAGAAAAUGAUUUAAAUUAAUAUACAUACAUAAUAUGUAUGUAUAUCUUAUUGAUAUUUAGUGAGUGUAUUUUAUAUAAAAAAAAUUUGAGUACUUGAAUAAAAAUGGAUAAAAAUAA